ACGGAGAGAGUCUUGCAGUGCAAGAGAAAAGAGGAAGGCCGCGCCGCCGCCGCCGUCUCGGGAGGCGGAGCAGACCUCGCCGCCGCCAUGCCGGGCAUCGAGCAGGAGGAUGCGGCGCCGCCGCCGCCGCGGCAGCGGCCGCCGGUCGCCACGGAGGCUCUCCGCGACAGGAUCGUCGAGAAGGUCAAGGAGAACCGCGUCACGCUCAUCGUCGGGGACACCGGAUGCGGAAAGAGCUCCAUGGUUCCCCAGUUCCUCCUAGAUGGAAAUAUGGAACCCAUCAUGUGCACGCAGCCUAGGAGGUUUGCUGUGGUCGCCAUUGCUCAAAUGGUAGCGGAAGCUCGCAAGUGUCAGGUAGGAGAAGAGGUUGGAUAUCAUAUAGGCCACUCAAAUAUGUCAAAUCUCAAUUCCAAAAGGUCAAAAAUCGUUUUCAAAACAGCUGGUGUUGUAUUGGAGCAACUGCGUGACAAGGGCAUUGCUGCAUUGAAAUAUAAGGUUAUUAUUCUUGAUGAAGUACAUGAAAGGUCUGUGGAAUCUGAUCUUGUCCUUGCUCUGGUUAAGCAGUUUCUGAUGAAAAAGAAUGACUUGAGGUUGGUUUUAAUGUCUGCCACUGCUGAUAUCACAAGAUAUAAGGAAUACUUCAGAGAUAUUGGAAGGGGUGAAAGGGUUGAAGUGAUUGCCGUUCCAAGCAGUCCACGUGCUCGCAUUUUUCAACGAAAAGUCCUAUACCUUGAGCAGAUUGCUGAUAUUCUCAAGAUGAGUUCUGAAUCACUUUCAACAAAGUAUUGCUCUGGAGAGGAUGCUGAUGCUGAGGCUGAUCUUAAUCCUGAUGUGUAUCAACUUAUCCACGAGUUAUUAUUGCACAUACACCUAAAUGAUCCAGACAUUGAAAAGAGUGUUUUGGUUUUCCUUCCUACAUACUAUGCGUUGGAGCAACAGUGGAUCCGCCUGCUGUCUCUUAGUUCAAUUUUCAAGGUGCACAUUCUUCAUCGCAGUAUUGAUACUGAUGAAGCACUUCAAACUAUGAAGGUCUCAAAAUCUUGCCGAAAGGUUAUACUGGCAACAAACAUUGCUGAAUCGUCUGUCACUAUUCCAGGAGUUGCUUAUGUUAUUGAUUCAUGUAGAUCAUUGCAAGUCUAUUGGGAUCCAAUUAGGAAAACUGACUCAGCUGGGCUUGUAUGGGCUUCCAAGUCUCAGGCUGAGCAGCGGAAAGGCAGGACAGGCCGAACCUGUGAUGGUCAAAUAUAUCGCUUGGUAACUGGAUCAUUUUACAACAGUUUAGAUGAUCAUGAACAUCCUGCCAUUUUGAGGUUAUCGUUAAGAGAACAAGUGCUCAUGGUUUGCUGCGCAGAGUCGAGAGCUAUGAACGAUCCUAAUGUCGUGCUGCAAAAAGUUCUUGACCCACCAAAUUCGGAUGUUGUUCAAGAUGCAUUAGACUCACUUGUUCAAAUUCACGCAUUGGUUAAGCCAACUUCUCCGAGAGGGCGCUAUGAGCCCACUUUUUAUGGCUGUUUGCUCAAUAGCUUGCCAUUAUCAUUUGAUGCUUCUGUUCUUGCCCUGAAAUUUGGUGAGGUUGGCUUUCUCCAUGAAGGAAUUCUGAUAGGCAUUAUGUUGGACAUCCAACCGCUUCCUAUCCUGCAACCUUUUGGCUAUCAAGCAUUGUGUAAGAUAUUUAGAGACAAUUACUUUUACGAGGACAACAAACUGAAAAUUGGCAAGAAGGAAGCUACACUCAUUGGAAACCUUUGUGCAUUUCAAUUUUGGCAGCGAAUGUUUAAGGACAAGUAUCGUCUGGAGUAUCUGAAAAAUGUGGCGAACACCCAAGAGCCAACACUAUCUCAAUCCUUCAUUUCUAAACAUGAAGAAGUUUGGUGUGCAUUACAUAACAUCUUGCCAGCAGCACUUAACCAUAUCUCUGAAAUUUAUGAUGAUGUUAUGAGCACACUCCACCGUUUUAGGCCUAGUUUUCUUGUGGAAAUCAAUUGUCCGAGGUACCUUCAGCCUGCUGAAUUCCACCAUUCAUGUCUUCACCAUCAAGUACUAAAGCCAGAGGAUAUGAAUCCACUCUUGUUGGAAGCUGAGAAUUCCCAAUUAGAUUCACAGACGAAGUGUGCCGCAACCCCUUAUGUUUCUCCCACUGAUUUUGAGGCCACUCUCACUGUUGUAGCACUCAAGGCGCUUAUCACAGAGAUGAAGACGCAACUUGCAGAGGACAAGGUAGUUCCUCGUAGGGAACGCGCUGGUGGUUAUGUUUAUGUACAACAACCCUUUGAAAGUGAGAUGUGUGUGUUCUUUGUUCGUGGAUCUUGUACUCGGGGGAACACAUGCCCCUUUUCUCAUUCAACUCGUGCCCCCAAACCAGUAUGCAAGUUCUUCCUUACAUUACAGGGUUGUAAAAAUGGUAGCUCUUGUUCAUUUUCACAUGAUCGUGGCUCCUCGAAGACUUCAUCUUUUACAUCUGGAAUAUGCUCUCAAGAAGACAGAGCCACCUCAGUAUGUUGUACCAAGUUGUUGCCUGCAGGUGGCGAUGGGCAUAUUGUUGUCAUGAAUGACAAAAAUCUGCAGUUCUCUUGUAAAAUUUGCCACUAUUAUGAUCCCAGGAAGAUAGUUGCGUGUACACCUGGUCUGCAUUCAGUUGAGUCUGAUUCAGUGACGAAUGGCAUGAUGAUACUCCAGAAUGUGGCUGAUCCUUGUCAUCUAAUUAUUGGUGGUGAACAUAAACUACCAGUUCCUUGGGCAAAAGUACAACGAGUUUUCUGGUUUGCUGAUUUUGAUUCUGAUGAAUCAGUCGAUGAGAAAGUUCUCUUGCAGAAGUUCUUUGAGUAUAUUGCCAUCAAGACCUUGUCAGAAACAUUGUCUAAGUUGCAGGUUGUCUUGAUCAUGAAUAACACAAAAUUUGUUCAUUUACAGGCUGAAAGAUUGGCAAGGGAAUGCUUCUAUUUUCUGGGUGAAUCAUUCAUGUUCGAUGAAGGAACUCUUGGAUGGUUUUCAGACACCCCCAGUUACCCGAAUGGGAUGCAAGUAUCAGCACCGGUUGCUUACAUUUUCAACAUGCACCCUCCUACUGGCGUUCAGUUUGGUGACUAUCCGACAGAACUGCGCAGAGCCCUACGCAGAGCCUAGAUAGAACGAAUAGUCUAGGUUUCCCACAUGUGAAUAGCUAGAUCGAAUCAUUUGGCGUGCUGUAAUUUUUGGUAAGGUCACUCAUACUAGGAGUGCUAUCCAAUCUGAAUUCCCCCACACAAUGGAGUCUUAUCUGUGGAGAUUUGGAGUAGGCCCUGUUGGUGACCAACGGUGGUUUAAGCUAACGGUUUUAACUUUAUUCUUGCUACGUUAAGAACUUGAAAUGUUGAUGUGGAAAACGUUGAUAUCUUAAGAAGGUUGGAUGUUGGAAGGGAGUCCUAUUUCUA